AAUGUGUUAAAAAAAUGUCAUUCAAGAAGCAUCUCAUCAUCAGCACGCUCAUACGUGUUUUUCUUAUAUAUUAUGGCGAAGUGCAGGACAGUUUGUCGGAUGUGCAGUACACGGAUGUAGAUUACCGCGUGGUCACCGAUGGCGCAAACCACGUGCUCGCGUUCGGCUCACCGUUUAAAAGACACACCUAUCGGUACACACCGCUGUUGGCAUAUCUGGUACUGCCAAACCUGCUAGUACAUCCGAGCUUUGGCAAGUUUAUAUUUGCACUGUUCGACAUCCUAAUUGGCGUACUUAUCAAAUGGAUACUGCUCAAUUGCUACCGCAGCAAUAAAAUAUCGAUCGAGACGAAGCUGCUGAAGCUGGAAACGCUGAACAAUCGGAACAAAUAUCUGAUAAAGCGAAAAAAUGAAAUCCUAAACAGCAACAACGAGUCGCUACCUCCGAAGUACAUCCGGAUGGCGGAACUUAGUGCCUACUGCUGGCUGUACAACCCGCUCACCAUGAUCAUAGCAACACGUGGCAACGGUGACUGCGUUUCAUGUUCACUGGUACUCCUUUCCAUCUACUUUCUGCUAAAGAACGAGCAAACAAGUACGCAACACUUUAUAGCUGGCCUAUUUCUUGGCCUAUCGAUCCAUUUUCGACUCUACCCGAUUGGCUUCUGCUUAGCCUUUUAUCUGGCCACACAAAAUCGUACGGUUGAAAAGUGGCACGAUAUCGUACGCGCCAUCGUACAACCAAAUGUAAAGCAAAUUGCACUCGUGUUGGGCACCAUUAUCGCCUUAGGCUCAUCCACGGCACUAUUCUAUUGGCUGUACGGGUAUCAAUUUCUGUACGAAUCCAUGCUCUACCAUCUGGUACGGAAAGAUACGCGACACAACUUUUCGCUCUAUUUCUAUCUACAAUAUCUAAGCUCUACGUUCGAUGUGACGAUCCUAGAAAAGAUUCUUACCUUCUUGCCGCAGCUCAUCCUAAUCCUGAUGCUUACGGUGCGCUACGGACAGCACAGGCAAACGCUAGCCUUUGGCCUGUUUGCGAUUGCGUUCGUAAUGGUGACGUACAAUCCGGUCGUUACGUCGCAGUACUUCGUCUGGUUCCUGUCCCUGUUGCCGCUGUGUGUGAAAAACUUUCGAAACAUUGGCAUCCGGAAAGCGGUUUUCAUUCCAGUGAUGUGGUUCAUCUCGCAGGGAGGUUGGCUACUACCCGCCUAUCUGCUCGAGUUCAAAGGUUGGAACACGUUCGAAUUCAUCUGGCUGCAGAGCAUCGUGUUCUUCUUUUCCAACGUACUGAUUCUGCAGAUGCUUAUUAGUAAUUACGAUAUUGCUUACAAUUAUAAAAUUGAUUAA